AUGGCUUGUUAAAUAACAAUUUUAAAUAUUAUAAUAAUAUUUAUAUUCACUCCUAUCUACGCUUUUUCAAAAGUAGAUUUAAAUCAAGCUCAUGUUGAGGAAUUACAGGUGAGCGGCAAUCUAAGAUAAAACUCUAAUAAAAGAUAACUUUUUUAACUGAUGAGCUAAAGUAUAAUUGAAGAGGCAAUUUAAGAUCUUUGUCCUUUCCCUGGUUAUCAAGGAAGUUAUUGUAUUGAAAAUUCAGAAUAAUCAGAUGCGCUUUUUCGCAAUCAAAGAAAAACCGCUUAUAAAGCUUAAACAGGUCAAGAAACUCAACAAAUUUACAGAAUGCCUUAAGGUAUUGGCACAUCUUUUGAUAUUACUACUGGAGAUUUAAAGUUGCCUGUUGUAUAGCUAACAUAUCAAAAAGAACCUACAGAGCAAUAAGUUUGGAGAGACGAUUUAACAGGUAACUAAUUUAUAAUAGCAGAUGAGACUGAUGUUGAGUAAAUUUAACUUUAGCCAGAUGUAAAGAUAUACAAAAAUGAAUUUGAUUUGUCUGACAUAUGGACUAAUGCUGUGUAAAAUGGAGAGUGGUUUGGAGGAUGGUAUAGUUAAUCAAAAGAUAUUAACGAUGUCUACUCAAAAUUCUUUAAAGGAGAUCAAGAAAUCUCAAUUGCUUAAUUAACUAAAAAUGUUAUUAGAUUGAAAUUCAAAACAGAUAAUUUAAAACUUAACAAAUAUGCACAAAUGGCUGUAGAUGCUUUGCCUAAAGUAUUCUAACCUUAGAUUUAUAAUGAUUUCUUAGAAUCUUGGGGAACACAUAUUUCUGUUGAUACAUUUAUUGGAGGAAUGAUAGAAAAAUUAACAGUUUUUAAAAACUGCGUUUAUGCAACUUCUUCUUUUAAUGGAAAUGGAGGUCUUUCCCCUGAUUAAUUAGCGCAAGCUUUAAACAAUGAAUUACAUGGAAAUAAAGCUGAUGAUUAUUUUGUUGCUAGAAGAAAAGUUUCUAUUGAUCAAAGACUUGGAGGAAAUCCAGAAGAUGUUCAAAAUUGGGAGAAUACUGUCAGCUUGAAUCCAGCCUUAUUGAAAAUAAAUCGUUUUGUAUCAUGGGAUAAUUUUAUCUAAGAUUAAGAUGUCAAAACAAAUUUAUAAUAAGCAAUUUAGAAUAGAAUAGAAUCGAUGAAACAAAAAUAAGCUAAUUAUUAGUAAUAAGUUAAAGAAUAAAGAAGAAUUGAAAAUUGUGGACCUAAAACUGCUUAUGCAGUUCAAGGAAAUGGAAUAUCAACUUUUUUAAAUUAUUAAAUUACCUUGGUGUAACCUAUGAAUUUUUUAGUUUCAGAGGACUUCAAAUUGCAAGACUCUUCUUAAUGCGCACCAGGAUUGCCUUUUGAUAUCUCAAAAAGCAGAUGCAGCUCAAGCGAAUUUGGUAAAAUGACGCAUUUAGCUAUACCAAAAGAAGUAAGAUAUGAAAGAGACGACUAAGGAAACUUUAGGACUAUUUUAAGGGAAGCAUAUGGAGAUUGGGUAGAUAAAGGCUGCAGUGUUGCUUUUGUUCCAGGAUUUCCAUAGUUUUAAGAUUUUAGUCAGUAUCCUCCUAGAAAUAGUAGAUUUUAAAUGAUUUGUGUCGGUUGUACUCCAAUUAUAGUUGAAUAGACAGGCGGAAAAUUAUUUAAAUGUAAUUGUCCAGAAUUUUGA